CUAUUCACAUAUUGUUAUUUGUAUUGUUUGUUAUUGUUUAUCGAUAAAAAAUUUCUGUAUAAAAGUGCGUGAAAUUUAUUUGCAAACCAUCAGUUGUACUCCUAACUAGAAACAAGAUGAAAUACUUCAUUAUAUUUGCUGUUGCUUCCAUAGCUGUUGAAGCUUUAUCCUUCAAAAAUGAGUGGAAUGAUUUCAAGCUGACACAUGGAAAAUACUACGACAUGAAAGAAGAAGCCAAUCGCUAUUCAAUUUUCGAAUCUAACAUGCUCACCAUCGCCAACCACAAUAAAAAAUAUGAAAAUGGCGAGUCCACGUUCAAGAUGGCAAUCAACAAAUUUGCCGAUCUAACUCCCGAGGAAUUUCUGGCCAUGAUCAGCAACCCCUACGUAUGGAACACCACUUUGAAAGUCGAGCAAGCCAGUUUCGAUGACGUCAUGGAUACGGAUAUACCCGAUGAGGUCGACUGGAGAAAAAAAGGAGCUGUCACUGCAGUCAAAAACCAAGGAGGCUGUGGAUCAUGCUGGAGUUUCAGUGCGACUGGAUCAAUCGAAGCACAAUAUUUUAUCAAAAACGGAAAACUGCUAUCCCUGAGCGAACAGCAGUUUGUGGACUGCGCCACAAUAGAAAAGUACGACUGCUACGGCUGUAACGGUGGUUACCUGUACCAAGCUCUGCAGUAUGCUGCAGAUAAUGGAAUCAUGUUGGAAAAUGCUUAUCCUUACAAGGCGAAAGACCAAUCGUGUCAGUACAAUGAAUCUCAGGUCGCUGUCAAGAUUUCCUCCUACAAGUCGGUGAAGAAAGGGGAUGAAAAUGAUCUAAAGAAGGCUGUAGCACAAGCACCUGUCUCUGUUGCUAUUGAUGCAACAAUGAACUUCCAGUUCUACGAUUCUGGUGUUUUGGAUGACAAUUCUUGCAGCAACACGGCUUUGAACCAUGGGGUUCUGGCUGUUGGAUAUGGUUCUUUGAAGGGCAAUGACUAUUGGAUCGUGAAGAAUUCUUGGGGAGCCGACUGGGGACAAAAUGGUUAUAUCUUGAUGUCUCGGAAUAAAGAUCAAUGUGGUAUAGCAUAUUCGGCAGUUUAUCCAGUCUUGUGAUGUUCCUACCAUAAAAUAUAAUAGUCUAACUUUGUUACUAGGUAUAUAUGUAGAUGUUUCACCAUACUGUGGAAUAAAUUUUAUUAAUAUAUUCCAUGAGUUCUCUAUUUCAAA